CAGGUAUCUGAUCGUUUCUUGUUCACAGGUGUACAUGUAGAAGGGCAUUUGCUGAGAACGUGCAGACAUGUCUCUAAGUAAACCCGAAGAGCGUCUGACUUUAGAGUUGAGCUGCCCGAUCUGUCUGCAGCUUUACCGCGACCCCGUGGCUCUUCCUUGCGGACACAAUUAUUGUCUGGGAUGUAUACAAAAUGCAGCCAAUGCGGAAGAUCCUAAGAACUCGAGUCGUUGUCCGGAAUGCAGGGAGGAGUACGGUAGCCCAAAGGCUCUGCCGAGGAACUUCAAACUCAGCGGCAUCGUGGAUGGUUACCUGGUGGCCACAUCGAGUGGCGGUCUGAGAGGAGGCCCUUCGAAGCCGUGCGACCAGUGUUUGGACGAUUAUGUGGCUGCAGUGAAGUUUUGCACACGUUGUGAGAUGUCGCUAUGCUCCGGCCACCUCAAACGGCACGAGGAGCGACACAGUUCCAAAGGGCACAUUUUAGUGGAGCUGAACGCAGAGCGGGAUGGGAAGAGAUGCCCGGUGCACGGGAACACUACCGAAUACAUGUGCGCGCAAGAGCGGCUGUUCCUCUGCUCGGACUGUGUGAUAGAGGGGACGCACCAGAACCAUGAUGUCAAGACGUUUGAAGUGGCGAAGGGGGAGAUGAAGAGGGUACUGGAAGGGCUGGGGAAGGCCGUGUUUGACAAGCUACAAAUGACUGACGCUCUGCUGAAAAAUGUCAGCGAAAGAGACGGACCCGCUGACAACGCAGAAGGCAAACUGGUGACCAGGGCAAACAUACUGCUGGAUAACAUGAGUACACUAAUAAGUGCAUACAAGAGUCGCAUGAGCACUUUGAUGGACGAUGAGCUUCGUUUGCGCGACAAAAGCUGGCAGGCCAUUCGAAACGAUUUGGAGAGCUGUCAGCGGCAGCUGAAGGAAGCUCACCAAACCACCACUGAGGUUCUCUCUGAAUCCUCCGAGUUCCUCUUCAUCCAGCAGUACCUCAGCAUCGAGGCGAGGGUCCGUCAGGCUGCCAACGUCACCAUCCCCUGCCUACCCGUCCAAGAGCCUUCCGAUGCCAAAAACCUGCGCUCUGCCCUGCGCACAGACACCUUUCGUGCUGACAUGAGCCUCCUGCUGGACUCUCUGCACAGCUUGAUGAACCCUCUAGACUUGACCUUCAACCCGGCCACAGCCCACGCCAACCUUCUGCUCUCCACCGAUCUCAAGACUGUAAAGCAAUGCGCUGGAUUGAGAAGCGGCAGUGGGAAGGAUCAGAGCGAACGCUUUUCCACGGUCCCUCAGGUCAUGUGCUCUCAGGGUUUCUCUGGCGGAGUUCACAUGUGGACGGUGGAGAUCGGCCCCGGGUGCAUGUGGUCCGUGGGUCUGUGCUACAAAAGCAUCCAGCGGAAAGGUGACCACAGCAAGCUGGGCCAUAACGCCGCCUCAUGGAGGAUGCAGUGGAAGAACAAGAAGCUUACGGCAAGCCACGACUCGGCUAACGUGGCCAUAUGCGAUGGGCUAAUCGUGCCACCGAAGCGGAUCGAAGUGACCCUGGAUUACGAAGCAGGAAUCGUCGCCUUCCACAGCACGGGUCACGGUGGACGAAAGCAACAUCUUUACACGUUCAGUGGGGGUUUCAGGGAUGUAGUGUACCCUGCAUUUGGCAUUCACUCGACGUCAGAGGAGUCUUGGAUAACACUGCUGAGUGGAGUUUGACUGAUGCACACACUUUCGGUUUUCACUUUCACACAACAUGUUUGAUGAACAAUAAAGAAAUCAUGAUAUAUACAAGAAUCUACCAGUAGAAAUAGUACCUCAAAUUAUUUCCUAGAAAUCUCUGUUGUUGAGACUGUGAGUGCUGUGUUUGUAUGACAAACAUUAAUAUCUCAGUACUACUCGGCUAUCAAAUCAUCUCUGUUUAGAUUUUACUGUACGGUCUGGUUGCCCUCAGACAGAAAUAGAUGAAUGUUUAAUGCAGGUAACAUCAUGAACAAUAUACCUCAUUCACUGCUUUACCCAAACUUUUCAUAUGGUUUAAAUAAAUACAGUGAAUUCUUACCAGUGGAUGUCAUAACAUCUGAUGUAUAUUUCACAGACGUUUCACCUUGACAGUGAUAAACUUGAAUGACUGGGAUCUGUGAGAUUGGAGUGCAUAGAUAUAAUAUUAACAAAUUUGCAUAUUUAAUCAGUCUUAAGAGAAGUUCUCAUGGCAUGCAUUAAAAAAGUAAAUACAAAAAAAUAAAUAGCUCAGCAAAGCUAUUAGAUCAAUGGUUUAGCAUUGCAUUAGCAAUACAAAAGGUUGUGGGUUCCAGUGGCGGCCGGUGACUUCUUUUUCGAAGGUGCACAAUGCGAAGCUCGGAAAAAAACAUGUAUUUAACCCGUUGUGUGUCAAAAUAUGUGUUUGAUGCGUCAUGUAAACUUAUGUGCAUCACGUGUCAUGUCAAAAUACGAGCCUGCUGCAGACACUUCGAAUGGGUUCAUGAUAAAAGAACCCAUUUGAAUGUUUUUUUGUGAAUGUAAGCGUCUCUUUUAUCAUAAACCCUUUCGACGCGUGUGCAGCAGCAGGCAAGUAUUUUGAAAUGCCGUAUGAUGCACAUGGUUCACAUAAAGCAACAAAUUCCUAUACAUGACGCUCUGAACACAUGUUGAAUUCGCGCCCCUUGGUAAAGAAGUCACCGGCCGCCACUGAUUGGUUUGUUCGAACCCAUAACACUCAUAAUGAUAAAAUGUAAACCUUGUAAUGCACUGUAAGUCACUUUGGAUAAAAGCAUUUGCCAAAUCCAUAAAAGUAAAUAUAAUAAAUAAACGGAAAUAUUUGUUCACACCUUUAAAACCGAAAGUCUGUAAGUCUGUCUGCCUUUAUUUUUGAAUGAACUACGACAAUGAAUCUCAAUACCAUAACUGCAAACGUGCAAACUGAACGUACAGGUUUCACACAAAGGAAUUUAUUCAACCUUACCAAACACCUUUCCUGUUAUGAGAUCUUAAACUUAUUCAGUUUGUCAAACCGGUUGUUUCAGUUUCAUUUCAACUGACGGUUUUGUUUUCUACUUUAGUUUUUAUUUUAUUUUAGUAAAUUUCACAGCAUUGUGCAAUCAUGUUUAUUAAUGAACAAGUUCAAGUUCAUUAUAAAUGUUUGUUUGUAUAUUUUGAAAAGACUAACAGGUGGCAUUAUUAUCUCUACAGCAGCACCAUCUACUGGUUCUGUGAGGUUUUAUGAUGUCAUUAGUGUAAUUUUGUACAACUUCAAUAAAGUUGACUUGCACUU